ACCUCAAAAAACAAAUUUUUGACACUUCUAUUUGUAAAUUUGUUAAACUUUUUGGAAAGUUGAUUAUAACAAUAAUCAUUAACCAUGGAUCCUGCCUUAUUGAAGGAAAGAGAAUUAUUCAAGAAGAAAGCAUUAACUACCCCAACGGUAGAAAAUAAAAAAUCAGACUCCAAAUCUGAACCUUCUAAGGCCGAUAAGAAAAAAUUUAAACCUUCGUCCAAUGUUUCCACCGCUCCUAAACUCGAUAUAAACACGUAUAAAACAUCUACGGGGAGCACGCAAUACCGUUUCGGUGUAUUAGCUAAGAUAGUCAAGCACAUGAAAACGAGGCACCAAGAAGGCGAAACGCACCCGUUGACUUUAGAAGAAAUAUUAGACGAAACCAAUCAACUUGAUAUCGGCAACAAAGUGAAACAAUGGUUGCAGACUGAAGCCUUAAAAGAUAAUAUAAAAAUAGAAGCCACCCCCGACGAUAAAUUCGUAUUUAAAUCACAAUACAAAUUAAAGGACAGAAAAAGUUUGUUGAAACUGUUGAAACAACAAGAUUUGAAAGGGCUAGGCGGAGUUCUAUUAGACGAUGUACAAGAAUCCUUGCCUCACAGUGAAAAAGCUUUAAGGAUAUUGCAAAACCAAAAUGAAAUUAUAUUCAUCACAAGGCCUAUGGAUAAAAGGAAAGUUUUAUUUUACAAUGAUCGAACCGCUACUUUACCCAUUGACGAAGAAUUCCAGAAACUGUGGAGAUCGGUAGCAGUAGAUGCAAUGGACGAUGCUAAAAUCGAGGAAUAUCUGGAUAAACAAGGGAUUCGAUCGAUGCAAGAUCACGGCCCCAAAAAGGCGGCGGCCCCGAAAAGGAAAAAGCCCAGCAAUCGCAAGAAAGUGUUCAAGAAACCGCGUGAUAAUGAACAUUUGGCAGACGUACUGGAGACCUACGAGAACGAUACGUUGACUCAGAAGAAUACGGUGUAAAAUGAAAGUUUUCGUCGACCCGUUUUUAAUCGAAUUUAAAAUGUACAGGG